GAGACACCCAACUUCCCACUUCAACUUCAGAUGAACAUCCCAAGAUAUUAAUGUGAACAUCAUGUCCACUUACACCGAGUCUAUUGUUAGCACGCACACAGCAGAUCGACCGGCGCUUCAGCUUACCGGUGGCUCGGGUAUAAACGAGACUCCGAAAUGGCUGGUCGAGCUAUCGACCAAAGGAUGGACAGUCGUCCAUGAGACUAUUCCCAAGGUUAAGGCUCUCGAAUACGCCGACAAGGCUUACGACUGGCUUGAGAGUUGGAAUCUCGGGUUUGACCGUAACGAUCCAUCGACCCGGAAGGCGAGUAAUCUUCCAUAUCAUAUACGGGGUGGAUUGUAUAAUGCGUACGGCAUCGGCCACGAGCAGUUCGUCUGGGACUUGAAAUCCGAGCCUGGGCUUGUUGAGAAAUGGGAACAGAUCUGGGGGACGAGCGACUUACUUGUUUCUUUUGACGGGAUAAACCUCUCCAUGCCAGAAAAAGAGCGCCCCAAGACAGACCCGGUCUUCGCCCCGUGGUCCCACGUCGACCAGUCACCAUUCAACACCCGGUUCGACACUGUCCAGGGCAUUCUAAACCUACUCCCCAACGGCCCCGAAGACGGCGGACUCAUGAUCCUCGAAGGCUCCAGCUCCUUCUACAGCGAACUCUGGCAGCGCUUCGACCAUAAACAGGGCGACGGCUGGAACAAGUCCGCGUUCCAGUUUGUGGAUGAGGAAAUGUGCCAGUGGCUUGAGUCGAAGGGGUGUAAGUGGACUAAGGUGUGCGCGCAGCCUGGUGAUUUGUUACUCUGGGAUUCGCGAACUAUACAUUAUGGUGCGGCGCCAUCAUCGACUAAUGACCGCUUCGCUGCUUACGUCUGCUAUAAGCCAGCGUCCAGUGUCUCCGAUGAAGCAAAGAAAGUGCGAAUCGAGGCGUUCAACUCGAAGAAGAACACUACUCACGAUCCAGCGAAUUUCCGCAUACGGGACCGCCAGCCUCCAUCUGAUCACCCAUCGUAUGAAGAAGCUGUCAAGAGACCGCUCCAGGACCCGGUGUUGUCUAAAAGGGCGAGGGAGUUGAUUGGACUGGACGCUUAGAAUGGUAGUUUACAGAUAUUCUAGGAAUACUGAGAAUGAAUUUAAAGUUGCCGA